AUGAACGUCGAUCUCCUCCAUCCCGAUCCCGAACUUGAGAAGUCUAAGCAUAAGCUGAAGCGCUUGGUACAAUCCCCUAACUCAUACUUCAUGGAUGUCAAGUGCCCUGGUUGCUCCCAGAUCACUACCGUCUUCUCGCACGCUCAGACUGUCGUCCUUUGCGGUAACUGCAACGUGAUGCUCUGCCAGCCCACUGGUGGUCGCGCUCGUCUCACUGAGGGUACUUCUUAUCGUAGGAAGGAUUAA